AUGAUGUUGGCAUCUUCAAAAUCUUUUGUGCUCAAAUCUAUGAUAUUGUCGUGUUUUGCUACUCUUUCAGUCAUAUUCUAUGGAGACAGACUCCGCACCGAAAAUCUAGAAUGGCAAGAAGCAGCAUUCCUCGCAAAAAACAAAAGUCACAUAUUGCCACCCUUUAUUAGAUAUCGAGAACAGUAUUUGGUAAUAGACAAGUAUCGCCUUGCCACUUGCCAAAUAGAAAAAAUAAUGAGUACAAUUAGAGGAGCUAUAUUUUGCUUUCUCACCGACUCGAAAAAAUUUUUGGAGCAUAACAGAACCAUUAGCAACGAACCGUGGAAAAAGAAGGAAAGGUUUUGCAAGGAGCGGAGUUACGUCCACGAAGAUCUUGAUAAAACUUUGAAGAAUAUGGGGCAAGAUGCUGUCUUGUUUACGAUUGUGAGAGACCCUGUAGAACGACUGAUAAGCGGUUUUGUAGACAAAUGCUUGAGGUGA